AGUGUUGCGUACCUGCCGUCUGUGAAUACUGAAGGCUUCUCCGGAUUGCGCAAUAUCCGCAAGCGGUGCAGUCUGGGGUUUUGCUGCACAACACACAGGGCUGGCGCAACUGGCUAGCUAGCUAACCACUUGAAAUGGACGUGUUCUUAAUGAUUCGGCGUCACAAGACCACAAUCUUCACAGAUGCCAAGGAGUCCACCACUGUUUACGAGCUCAAGCGCAUUGUUGAAGGAAUUCUUAAGAGAACACCUGAAGACCAGAGGCUCUAUAAAGAUGACCAGUUGCUAGAGGACAGCAAAACCCUUGGUGACUGUGGAUUCACCAACCAGACUGCCAGACCUCAAGCCCCAGCUACAGUUGGUCUGGCCUUCCGCAUAAAUGACGAGAUGUUCGAACAGCUGCACGUCGAGGCCUUCUCUAGCCCCCCGGAACUACCCGAUGUGAUGAAGCCUCAGGACUCUGGUAGCACUGCCAACGAACAGGCCGUGCAGUGAUGACGGGGAGAGGAAAAGAGCAACGGCAAGAAGGAUGGGAGUUGGGUGUGUGUGGAUUAACUGCAGUGGAGAAGUAACGGGGUGGAGGAUAUGUAAUAUAAUUUAAAUUGAUGGAUUGGGACGUUAUAGGUAACCGAGCCUAUCCAUGUUCCCUUCAUGCUAUCAUCCAAGCAUCCCUCCCAAAUUUGCUUCACAAGUUUUUUUUUGGUUGUUUUUUGUUGUUUUCUGUUUGUUUUUUUAAACUCUAUGAUUUCCACAUCACAUGCAGUUCGGCUCCUUGACUUUGCUCUUAAGCAACAACUGGCUCUAACUUUGUGGGUGAAGAAGUUGGUUUGGAGAGUAUGAUUGUGUACAUGCGUGUGUGAGUUAUUAUAAUUAUUAUCAUUAAUAUUUUGGAAAAAGGUGAAGACGUAGUUGUGUGUCACAGUGCUCUAGAAGUAACACGCGUAGGUGAGGAGUCCAGUGUCUGAAUCGGCAAACUGCAUGAAUAAGUUAAAAAAAAACAACAACAAAAGCUUUAUUUUCACAGAAACAGAUAAACCUUCAGCUGAUAAGUUUCCUUGGCGUGAUUCUCCCAGUUGUGUUGUACAUGUCUGAUCUGAUUUCAUACCAGGAAAGAAAGUCUCUAUAAUAAUGAUUACUUUAGUUUUUUUUUUUUUGGGGUCAUUAUUUUUUCUCAGUAUGUUUCACUUGUCAGUUCUUUUGUUGUAUGUUUCAUGCACUGAGAGACCAAAGGCAGUUACCUCUUUGACAACAGAGGGAUGUUUUCUGGUCCAAUGACAUUCUGUCCGUGGCAUACUGUACACACAGGAGGACAGUUUUCUGUUGUUAGAACUUAACGUUUUUGAAAAAGCAUACACCACCACAUGUCACCAACAUCAAUGUGGCACCUUCCCCCCUAAUCACACGAACAUAGCCUGUAACUGUGAGCUUGCUUAAUUAAAAGUUUUUCCUGUUUUGUUUUUUACACUG